AAUAUAUACUGGAAGUUGUGCACUUUGGAAAAUGCCUUCAUGUGACUGUAGUGGUUUUGGGUGCAGGAAGUCGACAUUGUCAUUUGUAGGAGCAGAAGUAUGAGAAAUGUAAAAAAAAAAAAAAAAAAAAAAAGUGAUGAAGGAGUGUACAAGAAGCACAUCACAGUGCUGAAGGCAGCAGAAGGAGGAGAGCUCAAAGAAACAGAAGGACAAAUGCCAAGUACCACAAACGAUAAUUCCACGUCUUUUGAAAAACUACGGCCUUUGUGUUGCAUUUGUAAUUGUUGAGCUUUCUUAAGAGGAAAGAUAGAGAGAGGAAAGACUUUUUUUGUGGAGGUGGCUCUUCUGACAUCACAUCAAGCACUUUGAAGUGAAUCAAAGGUUUUCUGAGGAGGGAAACAGACAAUAUAGUGUGUGACAGACAGGAAAGAAAGCACAAGAUAUAAGAAAAGAAGAAAAGAAGACAUAUUUCAUCGUUGCGAGAUCUGUUUCAGAGCCAUGGAGAGAAAAUUGGUCCUGAGAGCUGUCUUUCUCUUCGCUUUCUGUCUUACAAGAAGUCUUGCAUCAGGAGCAGAUGGCAGAGCAUCUCUUCAUGCUAACAAAACACUGCCCCGCUCUACUUCAACCAAUGAAAAACUUUCAGUUUUCAGGAAUGAGUCUGUUGAAUUGGGCAACACUGUCACCUUAAACUGUACCAAGACAAAGAUCGCAUGGGAUGACAUGAUUUUUGUCAUCUGGAAAAUUAAUUUGCGAGACAAAGAGUGUAUAAUUGCUGUGGCUCAAAAUGACUCAGACCACGACACCUGCCAAGAUGGGAAAAAGUUUGCCAUCACAGAGGAAACCUACCAGCUGAUCAUCCCAAAUUUUUCUGUUAAAGAUGAAGGAAAUUACACCUGUGACAUUUCGUACCAAUCAGGUGGUUGGUUGGAAAUUAUCAAGGUCUCUGCAUUUGCCCGUCCUAAACUAUCUGGCUGGCUGGAAUAUGAGCACGGACAUCCUGUCGCUGUGUGUGAAGCUACAGGCCAACCAAUAACCUCCAUCUACUGGGAAACACCAUGGAACUUAUCCUCUCCCAGCACACAAGCAUCUGGCACUACAGGGCAGGGUUCUACAGUGAUUAGCCGCUUACACCUUCCUCGACAUGCUCCUUAUAGAAAUCUCACUUGUGUGGCCACUGCCAGUGACCUCAAGCACACCAAGACUCGAUUUAGUAACUUCACAUUUAAAGAUGUACAUGUCAAAUGGCCCAUUGUUCUCGUGGGAGUUUGUGCCACCUGCUCCAUUGUAGCUAUUCUAACUGGACUCUACAUCAUGCGCAAAAAUCUCAUGCCAUUAAGCAUUUUUAGAAAGAUUUGCUGCAAACCAGACAUCCCUGCACCAAAUGAAGAAAAACCUCAACAGUUUCUUGGUGAUGAAUAUUUUCAGCCCCAUGAUCCUGAAGAAUUGCAACCCUAUGCCAGUUACGUGCAAAGAGUGAACUCCAUCUACAACUCUUCAGCUGAACUCUUCAACGCGUGAAUCACUCCAGACUUACAUGAAUGCACAGACAUUUCUGAUAAAAGCAGAUCUCUGAUGUGCCUACGAUGUCAUGAGGUUUGCACUCGGGAAAUGCAUAUUCAUCAGUGCACACCUACUCUGUGGAUGAAAUUACACACGAGUACUAGUACUGCUGUUAAUGAGAGCUGAUGAAACCUUUUCAAAAGAACAUCCUCCAUUGUGCAGACUCUGAUGAGAGAAACACCAACCAGAGUGAGUCAAAGUGAAAGAAUGAGUGGAAACUGAAGGAUUGUCUCAUGAUUUGGAAAUGUUCUACUCUCAGUUCAAUUCACAAUAUAAAGAACCGUCAGUGAGAGCUGUAUAAUUAGGACUCAACUGAAACAAUGAAAGUGGAAUACGGGACAUUUUAAAAUAGAUUUUCUCCAAGUGAGA